ACACGCGCGGAUAGCUAUCGAUGACGACUUUAUAGUUUACAUAUGAGAGUGUUUUUAUUUAACUUUUUGCGCAUUUACCACCGACAACAGUUGCAUUGCAUUCGUUUCCACCUGCCUCCAAUGAUGAGGUCCGCUGUUGCGCGUGCCAGCUGCUAGUGAGCGAAAAGGGGGCCAAACCACAGAUUUGGAGAGCCGUUCUAGCCACAAAAAUCACAUGCCCAAAACUUUCAUUCGCUUGCCUGCGUGGAUGUGUUUUGGUAUCCAUCAUCAUCAGUGCAACGUCGCACCCAGAACCAGAGCCAGCCAAGAAGUCAAUAAAUAGCAAUCAGUUAAUUGCCGCGAUUAGGCCAGAAUAGUCGAUAGAUAGCCUCAUCGCAGAGGCCAGGAAUAAGUCGGCUGCAACAACAACAGCAACAACUAGCGCCCAAAACUCGCAACUCUCUCUCCCACACACACCUACAUAUUAACACACACGAAGACGGGAGCGAAGUAUGAGUAAUACGGCGGAAAGUAACGGGAGCCGGCGCACUGUCGACUGGCAGCGCUUCGGUCUUGGCGGCGAUGAUGACGGUGAGGUGUCCGUGGCCGGCUUUCGCCAGCGGACCAACAACAACACGGGCGGAUUCGUUGACCUGGGCAACGAGUACACAUACGCGGCCGGUGGACACCAUGCCUCCGGAGCCAACGAGAUAUUCGCCGGGGAGCAAGGCGACAAGCCCUGGUGGCGUUCGAACUUCUUCAUCUCGCAACCGGUGCUGUUCGGCACCUGGGAUGGGGUCUUCACCUCCUGCCUGAUCAACGUAUUUGGUGUGAUCGUGUUCCUGCGCUCGGGCUGGAUCGUGGCACAGGCGGGCAUUAUCAAUGCAGUGGCCAUCAUCGUCUGCACCGUCCUCAUUGCCCUGGUGAGCGUCCUCUCGGCCAUCGGCAUCUGCGAACGCUGCCGUGUGGAGAGCGGAGGCGUUUACUUUUUGAUUGCGCACACCCUGGGCUCCCGGUUCGGUGGCGCCCUCGGUCUGCUCUACUGCUUUGGACAGGCUGUGGGCUGUGCCCUGAAUGUUAUGGGAUUCGGCGAGUCGAUGGCCGGGCUGGUCGGACUGGAGGACAACAAGUGGGCCAUUCGUGGCUUUGCCACCGCUGCUGUUCUGCUCCUGGGCUGCAUCAAUGUGGCCGGCGUUAAGUGGGUCAUCAAGCUGCAGUUCAUUCUGCUCAUGAUCCUGCUCAUCUCGGCGCUGGACUUUAUGGUGGGCAGCUUUGUGGGUGUAGAUCCAGAUAAAGGCUUUGAUGGCUGGAUGAGCGGCAACUUUGCAGAAAAUCUCUGGCCAAGAUACGAGGAUGGGUAUUCGUGGUUCCGCGUCUUUGGUGUCUUCUUUCCCACUGUGACCGGCGUCCUGUCGGGCAUCAACAUGAGCGGUGACCUGCGUGCUCCCUCCACAGACAUACCCAACGGAACGCUCGCUGCCUUUGGCACUUCAACCUUUUUGUACUUGGUGUUUGUGCUGUUCCUGGGCGCCACGUGCCAACGUGCCAUACUCUACGAAGAUUUCAUGAUCUCCGUCAAGGUUUCGGCCGUGCAUUUCCUGCUGCUGGCCGGCAUCUACGUAUCCAGCAUGUCCUCCUGCCUGGGCGCCAUGUAUGGCACACCGCGCGUUCUCCAGAGCAUUGCCAAGGAGAGCGUCAUUCCUGGCAUCGAUGUACUGGGCAAGGGUCGCGGACCUAACAAAGUCCCUCUGUAUGCCAUGGCUAUUGUGGCAAUGGUGACGGUAACCUUCAUUAUGGUCGGUGACAUUAACUUCCUGGCCCCCAUUGUGACCAUGCCCUUCCUGCUGACCUACGCCUGCAUCAACUACGCCUAUUUUGCCUUGGCCCAGACCUUUGACAUACAGGAGCAGCGCGAGGAGCGGUUCCGCAUCCAGGCCUCGAGCCCCAGCUACGAGACACGUCGCUACGGCAGCGUGUCUGAUGGUGGCAAUGACCUGGAUCUGCUCUUCCCCGAUCGAGUGCGUCACAAGAAUUUGCAGAGUCCCCAGAACUCGCCCAUGCACCAGGCAGCGCCAAUGGAGUUCGACCUGGAGGGGCCUAGCACCUCCACGCCAGCGCCGGCUUCGAGCCAAGCGGAGGCAGCCCGGGCUUCAGCAGCGACAACAGUCACAGAAACGGGCACAGAAGAUGCCACUGCCCUGUCAGUGGAGCAGUCGGCCACGCAGGGCGGUAGCGAGGAUGAGAACGAACCGAUUGCACCCAUCCGUCCGCCCAUACAUUCCAAGACGAAAAACUGGUACUCUGGCUACUGCAAUCGCUGGUUCUCCCUGGGAGGGGCCUUUGUCAAGUUGCUGGUGAUGUUGUUGGUCAACUGGUACUACGCUCUGACCUGCUUCUUGGUGGUCUUUGUCGUUUGGUUCUAUGUGGGCACAGCCAAUCCAGCCGUCAAGCCGGGCCUGACAGCCGAGUUCAACUUUUUCGCCUGGGUCAAGAGCGUCAUAUUCAGAUGCUUCGGCAAGCGCAUGCAUGAGUAUGAGCAGAUUGUGGUGACGCCCUCAUGCCCGGGCGUAGAUCUUUCGCCGACGCAGCUGAACGAACAGAACGAGGACUUUCGGCCACGGCCCAACUACCAUCACUCGUCAGUCAUCGAGGGUCGCCUGAUCGAUGACAUCUAGACAAUGGCAGUGGGAGUGGGAGCGGCGGUGGCAGACGUGGCUGUGCAGCUGUGGCAAGCAAUAUUUGAGUGCAUUUCUGCAAGGCUAGAGCUAGAGCUAAACUAAAACUGAAUCUAAAAACGAAACUAAGCUAAACUCAACUGAAACAAAACAAAACAAAGAGAACUCAACUAAACUAUAUACUUACAUGACUAUACGAUAUGUAUGUUUGUAUUUUAGUGUAUGGAUGUGUAUGUGUUCGUGUGUUUUAAGCUAGGAGCUAAGGAUACAAUUAUGUUUAGUCCAGGCACAGGCAUUUACGAUCGAAUUCCCCCUUUUUCCUACCAGCACAAGCAGCACACUGGCACCCGCACACUCAUACCACAACAGGCACGCACAGCGCACAGACGGACAUGAAAGACAGACAGACAGACGUAGCAGCUCAGAGCAGUCCUUUUCUUUUAUAUUAAUACUAAUUGAAUUAACUUAAGUUUUUGGCACGCUUGCAGUGUGUUCCUUGUUCGCGUAGUUAUUUCUAGAUAGAAAGAGAGAGAAAAAAAACAAAAGCAAAAAGCGUGUAAAAUUGUUGCUAAAUGGAUAUGUUUCCGCACACCGACAGCAUUUUGAAGGAGACAUAUGUGAUACUGAGAUAAUAAGUAAAACCAAAAAAGAAAACAAACAAAAGAAAAAAUUAAAUUUUCAGGAUCUGACGACUUUGCAUUU